AUGCCCGAAACAAAGGGGGACCUCAGGUCCCCCAGAACGCGCAGCAGCAAUUGCUGCAGCAGCAGCAGGAGGAGCAGCAGCAGCAACAGCAACAGCUACGCAACAGGCUUCGAUGGCGUCUGUCUUCUAGAGCCUCCCUCAACAGCGAAGGCUCUGAGCAGCUCUUGGCCGAGCGACAGGUGGAGUACCCUGAGGAACCCCUGCAGCAGCAGCAGCAGCAGCAGCAGCAAAUGCAGCAGCAAUGGUCACCUGUGCUGCUGCAGCACAACCGUUGCUGCAGGCCAACUAGUGCGAAGUCAACAAAGUAAAACCGCUUUGGUCUGCUGCAGCUUCCGCAACCGAGCGACAACAGCAACAGCAGCAAACAGCAGCAGCAGCCGCAGCAGCACCAGCGGCGGCAACACCCCACGAGGCGCCUGUGAGGCUCAACUCAAAGAAGAAGAACUUCAGCAGCAACAGCAGCAGCUGCUGCUGUUACUCGGGGAACAGCAGCAGCAGCAGAAGCUGCCGCAGCACGAGCAGCAGCCGCAGCCACCACAGCAGCACGAAGUGCAGCAGUUGCUGCAGCCGCCCUCUGGGGAGCAACAGCAAAUGCAGCAGCAGCAGCAGAAGCGGACCGAGGAGACCUUCCAAUGUGCAGCUGUAGAGGGGGAUCUGGGCAACAGCAGAGAAGCAGCAGCAGAAAUUGAAGAGCAGCAGCAGCAGCAGCAGCCAGAAGAGCAGCAGCAACCAGAAGAAGAGCAGCAGAAUGUUGCAGACCCUGCUUCCGUUGACACGUCAAGCGCUGUUUUUGAGGAGGCGCCUGCGCAGCAGCAGCAGCAAGAACAGCAGCAAGAGCAGCAGCAGCAACACGAGCAGCAGCAGCAGCAGCAGCAAGACCAGCAGCAACCGGAGAUUAUAGAGGUCUCCGAAUCCGCUGCUUCUCAAGAGCAAUCUGCAGCAGCAGAAGGAGCAGCAACAGCAGGAGCAGCAUCAGGGGCACCAGCAGCAACAGCAGAGUUAGCUGCGGCAGCCACAGGAACAGAAGCAGCGACAGAAGUAGCAGCAGCAGGUGGAGGAGCAGCAGCGCAAAAGGCAGCAGAGUCUGCGACGGCCUCAGCAUUACCUGCUGCUGCUCCUGCUGCUGCAGCGGUUGAUGCAGCAGCAGCAGCAGCUGCUGCUGCUGCAGCAGCGAACUGCUCCCCUGAACCCAGCAUCGGCCCCUCAGUAGGCCUCGUGUCUCCUUACAGCAGCAGAGACAACACCCCCACUUCUGUCUCCUUCUGCGCUGCAGACGAAAACUGCUGCACUGCAGCAGCUUCUCCAGAAGUAGGCGUGCAGCAGCUGGCAGCAGCAGCAGCUGCUGCUGCUGCAUCUGCUGCUGCUGCUGCUGCAACUCCUGCUACUGCAGCCCGCGAUGAAACGCUACCUACACACAGAAACAGCAGAAGCAGCAGCAGCAAGUAUAAAGACAUCCUCCUGGAGGAACCACCAAACGGCCAGAAACAGCAGAAGCAGCAGCAGCAGCAGCAGCAGCAGCAGCGACAGCAGCCUCACGGCGAGUCCCUGUCUCUCUUAUCGGAUUUGUGUGAGGAAGCAGCAGCAACGUCGUUCUCUGCUGCAGAAGAGCAGCAGCUUCUGCUGCAGUUCGAGGAGGCUAUAGGCUGUCGUGGACCCCGCGCGAGCGCAGCAGCAGCACCAACAGCAGUAACAGCAACAACAACAGCAGCAGCACCAACAGCAGCACCAGCACUAACAGCAGCAGCAGCGCACGAGACACCACUAACUGCAGGUGCAGCGGCUUUCUCCGCUGUUGCCCAAACACAGCAGCAGCAGAAGCAACAGCAGCAGCAGAACGAUACAUCUUGGGUAAGCGCUCCAGAGGCAACGGGGACAAGCGUGGCAGCAGCAGAAGUUGCUGCUGCUGCUGCUACUGCUGCUGAAUGCCCUAUAUCUACCCAGAGACAACUGCUGCAGAAGAUGAGGGAAGGUCUGUCGGUGCUGCAGCAGAAGCAGCUGCAGCAGCUGAUAGAAGAGGAGGAGCAGCUGCUGCUGCUUGAGAAGCAAAAGAUGGCUAUCCUUGCUGAGCUUGAAGACGACGCCAACACUUGCAGCAGCGGCAGCAACAGCAGCAGCAGCAGCAACAGCAGCAGCAGCAGCAGCAACAACAACGAGAGCAGCAGCAACAACGCCAGCAGAAGCAACAGCAGCAGCAAAUGCACAAAUAAAGUGCUGCAGAGGGGGGAGAUGAAUUCGCUCGGAGGUGCAUCGGAUGAUCUUCAGUUUGUCUUAGGCGCGAACGGUGCCCAGGCGGCACCCGCCUUAGCAGCAGCAGCACUGCAGCAGCAGCAGCAGCAGAAGCUGCAGCAGCACGGCAGCAGAGAAGAAUAUGGAUUGCACGAUAUCACACUCUCUGCUGCUGCCUUCUUCAGUCUGCCUGUCGCUCUGCAGCGAACAGAGGCGCAACGCCAGCAGAAGCAGCAGCAGCAGCAGCAGGGAGAGGGGGGCCUGGUUGCUGCGCUGCAGCGUGUUUCUGUAUCUGCGCAGACGCUUGAUGAUUCUCUGCUGCUCCUACGAGCAGCAGCAGCAGCAAACCCGCGAGACGCAGGGAUCUUAAUGAUGCUUGCUGCUCUUGCUCUCUACUACAGAGACUAUCGCGAGGCAGAAAAAAGAUUUCAGCAGCUGCUGCUGCUGCUGCAGCCGCUGCUUGCCCACAGCAGCAGCAGCAGCAGAGAGAGCAACCCCGCAGCAGCAGCAGCAGCAGCAGCAGCUGGAGAGAAGCCCCUGCUGCUGAGGCCGCCCCACUUGCUUCCUGCUGCGCUUCUGUGUGGGGAAGACGCAGCAGCACUUUUUUCGUGCUUCAGUGAGGCUCAGCGAGCUGCUCCGCUGGUGUUGUUGCCAGCAGCAGCAACAGGAGCAGCAGCAACAACAGGAGCAGCAGCAGAGGCUGAGCAGGAGCAGCAACUGCGCGAAGCUGCUGUCAUCGCGUCGUCUCUUGAGUGGUUCUGUUGCAAGAGUCUGGGGCGGCUCGCCCUUGCAUUUGCUGCUCCUGCUGCAGCAAGUAUCCAUCUGCAGCGAGCACUUGCUGCUGCUGCUGCUGCUGCUGCAACAGAAGCAGCAGACGACUCCCUCUGGGCACUGUACGCCCACAUGCUUCUCAAGCUGAGGCAGGAAGCAGCUGCUGCUCUCGCGCUGCAGCUAGCCCUGGCAGCUGCUACUCGCCGCAGCAGCAGCAGCAGCGCUCGCGUGGUAGGGCAGACCGAAAUGCUAGGAAAGCUGCUGCGUACUGCUUGCGAUCCAAACGACGCAGUUGCUGCUGCACUUGCUGCUGCAGCGGCAGCGACAGCAGGAAAGCGCGCCCCUGCUGCAGCGAGUAACAAAGAAGCAGCAGCAGCAAGUGCUGCUGCUGCUGCGUCUCUACACUGCAAGGCCCUAACAAGUGCAGCUCUCAGCCUCGUUAUCCCCCUACCGCUGCCGUCCCUUCCGAGGAGAGACCGAAAUGUUCCUGCUGCUCUUGCUGCUGCGGCUGCUUCUGCUGCUGGGGCCAGCACUGCUGCUGCUGCUGCUGCUGCUGGCUGCUGCAGCAACGAUGAGUCGCUUAUUGCUCGCUGGCAGCACAUGCAGGCGGAGGUGUUUACGUGCCACGCGCAGCGGCUGCUGCAGCAGUCCAGCGCUGAACCAACAGCAGCACCAGCAACAGCGGCAACAGCAGAAGCAGGAGCAGCAGCAGCAGCAAGACAACAAGCCUUGGCUUUGCUGGCCGAUGCGGCGAGGGUGUGCGACAAGCUCCUGCUGCAGCGGCAUCUGCCCCUGAAGACUUUAGCAGCAGCUAUGUCUGCCAAGUGUUUUGUCUACCUUCUCAGCAGCAGCAGCAGCAGCAGCAGGGAGGAAGAGGCUUUGAAGGCAGCAAGAGCAGCAGUGCGGCUCUCCCCCGACUUGCAGAGUCAGACGCGAUUGGGGUUGGCGCUUCUUUGCUGCUGCAGCAACACAGAAGCCAUUUCUGUGCUGCUGGCUGCUCUGCAGCGGCGGCGAGCUGCCUAUACACCUGAACUCACGGGCUGCGCAGCAGCAUAUCUCGCCGUUGCUGCUGCCAGAGAACGACACCGUUUGCUGCUGCUGCAGCGCGCCUCUACCUGCAGCAGCCAAACCCCAGCCCUGCUGCAGCAACUUGUAUCCGUGUCCCUCCACUCCGCCGUACUGCACCUGCCGCAGCUGCGCGAAUUGCUGCAGAACGCAUGCAGCAGCAGCAGCAACAGCAACAGCAGCAGCAGCAGCAGCAGCCGAGGAGGGACGGCCCUGCUAGGCCUGAACUAUUUGCCGCUUGUCGAACCAAUAGCGACGGAACUGUGGGCACUGCUGCAGCAGCAGCAGCAGCAGCAGCAGGUGCAGCACAGCAACAACAUCAGCAAUGGGUGGGUUGGCGACCCGCAGGGCCGCUCUGCAAAGGACCUUCUAGCUGCUGUUGCUUCUCUGGGCAAGAUCCUCAAAGCAGCAAUUGCAGCAGCAGAGGCAGCAGAAGCAGCAGGAAAAGCAGAAGCAGCAUCAGACGCUGCAGCAGCAGCGGCUGCUGCCUCUGCUGCGACGGGAGGUGCUGCUGCUACUUCAGCUGCAGCAGGGGUUGCUACUGCGCUCACGGGGCAGCGCGUGCUGCGGAUCCCGCAGAAAGAUGUUGCUGCAGCAGCUCCUUAUUUCUCUGCCUCUCCAAAGCCGCUGCAGCAGCAGCAGCAACAGCAGCAACAGCAGCUGCAAAAUCAGCAGCAGCGGUUCGUGCAGCACGAAUGUGCACCAAGGGGACUGCGUACAAAGUCGCCGCAGCGUCUGCUGCCGAUUCUUAAUUCGAAUGCUUGUUCUACUGCAAAAGGUGCAGCAGCUGCUGCUGCUCAUCUGCAGGAGGCAUCAGCAGCAGCAGAAACAGCAGCAGAAUCAACGGCCCUACGCCUCCUUACAGACUGUCAAACACCCGAAAACAUACCAGCAAAAGAGCAGCAAACGUGCAGCACAGCAGCAACAGCAACAGUAGCAAGCACUGUUGUUGCUACCGUUGCUUCUACUGCUCCUCAGCACCAGCACCCAUCAAAGCAGCUGCUAGAGUACCAGCAGCAGCAGCUGCAACAUCAGCAGCAGCAGCAGCAGAAGCGGCCUGAGGAUCACGUGCAGCAGCAGCAACAGCAAGUGCAGCUGCAGAGGGAGCAGGAACGGCAGCGUCAGCAGGAGCACCUACUGCAACAGCAGCGCCAGCUGCAGAAACAGCUGCAGCAGCAGCUACUUCAGCUGCAGCAGCAGCAGCAGCAGCUCCAACAGCAGCAACAAAUGCACCAGGCGAGUGGACAAUCCGGCUCAAAUCUUCCCCGAGGGAGGACAACGCAAGCAGCUGCUGGGCUUGCUGCUGCUGCUGCUGCUGGGCCUGCUGCUGCACCUGCUGGCCUACCCGGUGCUGCAGCCGGCAGCAGGCAGCCAGCAGCAAGUGCUGCUGCAGCACAGCUCUCACUGCCAAGGCCAACAGAAGCAGCUUCUGGAGCAGCAAAAGACCACGCAGCAACGAGGGCAGCAGACGCUUCUCCGCGGCAGCAACUGUUGGCGCUGCCGCAGCAGCAGCAGCAGCAAUUGCAGCAGCAGCAGCUGCAGCAGCGGGAAAAGCAGUCGCACCAGCAACAACAACAGCAGCAGCAAAACAAAUGGAACCAGUGGGACAGCUCUUUUUUCUCUUAUAGAUUCACCACGACCACGAGCAGCAGCAGCAGCAGCAGCAACGCCCCAGGCUUCGUUCUGCAGGGAAUGUGUACACCUGAGAGGCAGACGACGCAGCAGUUGCCCUCGUGGGUGCUGCCGCAGCAGCAGCAAACCCCGCAGCACCAGCAGCGAGCGCAUUACCAACAGCAGCAGCAGCAACAACAGCAGCAGCUACUGCUGCCUGGGUCUCUAUCCCCGCGAAGUGCUGCGCUUUUUCAGGAAACUGCUCCGCUGCAGCAGCACUUGCCGCAGCAGCCAGUGCUACAACACAUGCUACAGCACCAGCAACAGCAGCAGCAGAAUCAGCAGCAACAGGAGCAAUAUCUGCGUGCUGCGCUCAUGCAGCAGCAAGGAACGCGUGUUACUCAGGCCGCAGGUGGGAUGCAGCAGCACGAACUGCUGUUGCAGCAAGAGGGAAAACAGCAGCAGCAGCAGCAGCAGCAGCACCAACAGCUACCGCAGGUGCUGAGACUGGUGCAGCAUUUCCCUACACAUGAUGACUUCCUGGUGAAACAUCCGUGUGCUGCUGCAGUGCAGCAGCAGCUGCAGCCGCAGCAGCAACUGCGGCUGCAACAGCAGCAUCAGCUUCAACUGCAACACCAACUGCAGCGACAGCAACUACAGCAGCAGCAACAAGUGAAGCACCUGCUUCAGUACCAAAAGAAGCAGCAACAGCAGCAGCAGCAACAUUGCCCACGUCUCCUGUACCAGCCUGCCGUGUUGCGGCCUGUGGGGGCUCUAAUGCCUGUUGCUGCAGUUGCUCCAGCAACAGCAGCAACAGCAGCAGCAGCAGCAGUAGUGAACUAUGCAGCAGUGGGCACCCCUGUGAGGGUUGUGCAAGCAGCAGCAGCACAGCCGUCUGCCAGUUUGAUUCCGGUGGUUGCUGCAGCGCCAGCAGCAGCCCCAACAGCGAGUGCAGCGGCAGCAACGACAGCGGCAGCAGCAGCAGCGGCAGAGAAGGCUCUUCUGCAUCAGCUGCUGCAAGGGUUGAAGCAACUGCCUCCUCUUUUCCCCCAGCACAUGCUGAGGUGUCUCUUUGAGAUAGGGCGAGGCGGCUUCUCUCGCGUAUGGGUCGCUGAGCUGCUGGUGCAUCAGCAACGUGCUGCUGCUGCAGUGGGUGCUGCUGCUGCUUCUGGGCCUCGCUGGAUGCCCGUCGCUCUUAAGUGCAUGCGGGUUUCCCCUUCGCUGCAGCACGAAGCAGCAGCAGCAGCACCAGCAAAUCCUCUGGGGGCAGAGGAGGAAACAGUUUCGCUGCAGGAACUGCAGCAGGAAGUGCAGCAGCUGCAGAGCCUCGACCACCCGUGCAUAGUUAAACUUCUUGGGGUGUCUCUGCUGUCUAGCAGCAGCAGGCAGCAGCAGCAGCAGCAGACGCAGCAGCAGCAGCAGCAGGUGAAGCAGCAGCAGGCGCGACAGCAACAGCACUACCGUGUCGCCCUAGUAAUGGAGCUCUGCAGUGGGGGCAGCCUGUACUGGUUGCUGCACGAGCAGCGAGCUGCGCUGCUGCUGCAGCAACGGCUGGCUAUUGCUCUUCACUUCGUGGCGGCGCUACAGUAUCUACACUGCAGGCCGACGCCCAUAGUACACAGAGAUAUCAAGUCGCUCAAUAUCGUGUUGGAUGGGGCUGGCAACGCGAAGCUGUGCGACUUUGGCCUGGCGGCUGAAGCUGAUGUGCCGAGUGCUGCUGCCGCUGCUGCUGCUGGCAACAGCAGCAGCACCAGUCGCAGCCUCACCGCUUCAAUGCGCCUCAUCCUCCCUAAAGAGCCGCUGCAGCCUGCGGGCUCCCCUCGCUAUAUGCCCCCCGAGCUGGCAGCUGGAGGUUCGUGCUGCACCAGCUGCUUCGCUGCAUCAUCUGUUGCAAAGAUUAGCUAG